GUCUGCCGUUCACCAUAUAAUUAGAACUACUCAUAUCUUCUCCUCUUUUUUGGUUUUCCAUCCUUUAGACAGAUUCAUUCAAGAGAGAGAAAUCACUUACCAACUCAACAUUAGAUCUAUCUAUUAUCUUCGUCUUCCAGAUAUUUUCGCCCUUUUCUUUUGUCUCUUUUUAUUUUUCCCUUAGCUAAAAUUAGGGUUUUCCCGUUUUUACCUGUUUUUCUCUUACCGCAACCUCAAUUUUCAGGAUUAGUUUUGAAUUAGCGUUUGUUGAACGAGAUUCCGAAUUAUGAGGACUUCAUGGGCGGAUUCUGUGGCAGCUGAGAAUGAGAAUGGGGCUAGCAGUACUGCUAGACCAAGCAAACCUACCUAUGUGCCGCCACAUCUUCGUAACCGGCCACCGUCUUCUGAUUCUUCAUCAGGACCUCCACAGGCUGCACCUCCACAAGCUAAUGAUAGGCCUGUGUAUGCUGGUCCACCUGGUGGCUCUCGUUGGGGUGGUGGUGGUUCGAGACCUGAUUUUGGUCGUGGAGGUGGAGGUGGAGGUGGUUAUGGUGGGGGUCGCGGGGGUGGACCUGGGUGGAAUAACAGAGGUGGAGGGUGGGAUCGUGGCAGGGGUAGGGAAGUUAAUCCAUUUGGAAAUGAUGAGGAGGAUCAAGGUGAACAGGCGUUCGAGCAGCAGAAUACGGGCAUUAACUUUGAUGCUUAUGAGGAUAUCCCUGUGGAGACUAGUGGGGAUAAUGUGCCUCCUCCUGUAAAUACAUUUGCAGAAAUUGACCUUGGAAGGGAGGUUAAUGCUAAUAUUAGAAGAUGCAAAUAUGUGAAACCUACACCUGUUCAGCGUCAUGCUAUCCCAAUUUCCCUUGCAGGACGAGAUUUGAUGGCUUGUGCACAGACUGGUUCUGGAAAAACUGCAGCUUUCUGUUUCCCUAUUAUUAGUGGUAUAAUGAAGAGUCAACAGGCUCAGAGACCUCGUGGGUAUCGAACUGUUUAUCCACUUGCCCUUAUCUUGUCUCCUACUAGGGAGUUAUCAAUGCAGAUUAAUGAGGAAGCAAAGAAGUUUGCCUACCAAACUGGUGUCAGAGUGGUGGUUGCUUAUGGAGGAGCUCCAAUCAGCCAACAGUUGCGCGAACUUGAAAGAGGAGUUGAUAUUCUUGUUGCAACCCCUGGAAGAUUGGUUGAUUUACUUGAAAGGGCUAGAGUAUCACUCCAAGCGAUUCAAUAUUUGGCACUUGAUGAGGCAGAUAGAAUGCUGGAUAUGGGUUUUGAACCUCAAAUUAGAAAGAUAGUUGAACAAACUGACAUGCCACAUCGAGGUGUCAGACAGACAAUGCUGUUCAGUGCAACCUUCCCCAAAGAGAUACAGAGGCUUGCAUCAGAUUUUCUAUCAAAUUACAUUUUUCUGGCUGUUGGAAGGGUGGGCUCAAGCACUGAUUUGAUUGUUCAGAGGGUUGAGUUUGUGCAUGAGUCUGAUAAGAGAAGUCAUUUGAUGGACCUACUUCAUGCACAAAGAGCUAAUGGAGUACAAGGAAAGCAAGCACUAACACUUGUUUUUGUGGAGACCAAGAAAGGGGCUGAUGCAUUGGAGCACUGGUUGAGUAUUAAUGGGUUUCCUGCGACUAGCAUUCAUGGUGAUCGUUCUCAGCAAGAAAGAGAGCUUGCACUGAGAUCAUUCAAAAGCGGAAAUACUCCUAUUCUGGUUGCAACUGAUGUGGCAGCUCGAGGUCUGGAUAUUCCUCAUGUCGCGCAUGUGAUCAAUUUUGAUCUUCCAAAUGACAUCGAUGACUAUGUCCAUCGGAUCGGACGUACAGGACGCGCUGGGAAGACCGGCUUAGCCACCGCCUUUUUCAAUGAAAAUAACCAGUCACUAGCUAGACCACUUUCUGAGCUUAUGCAAGAAGCAAACCAGGAAGUACCUGAUUGGCUUGUUCGGUAUGCGUCACGUGCAUCUUAUGGUGGAGGCAGAAACAGGCGAACCGGGGGUGGCCGCUUUGGGGCUCGUGACUUCAGAAGGGAUGGCUUCAACAGAAGCGGUGGAGGCGGAGGCGGAGGCGCUGAUUACUACAGCGGGAACAACAGUGGUGGGGGAUACUAUGGAAGUGGAGGUGGAGGUGGUUAUAAUCCAGGUGCGUCUAGUGCUUGGGAUUAGCGUCUAUCUCUAGCCGUAUCAGUGUUACCAUGCUAUCACCUCCUGGUAUAUACGCAAUGAUUUUGUUGGUAAAUUGUUCUUGUGUUCGCCCAAAGUGCUGAGAAUUCUUGAAUUUCAUAGGCUUGGGGCGUCAAAUGCAAAGUGGGUUGUUGAACCUGCCCCCCACCGAUAUUUUAGUCCGUGUCAGAGUUAGAUGUGUGAUAUUCAUUAGGGAUUGUUAUACACUAACAGCUUAGGCUUUUGCUGGUUCAUACCAUGAAGCUUAUUAGGGGUUUUUCCUUCCAUUUCUUGUAAUGUCUUGCAGGGGCUGUCUGCUAGGGUUGGGUUUGGGUAUAUUGGGAGGUGAAUAUAUGAGGAAUAGUACUGCACUACUUUUUUGCC